AUGCCUGGCGAUAGACCGGUCCUGACGCAGAGCAGAUCUGCUCCUGCGAUCGACAAUGCCGAUUUCAGACCGAAGCUUGAGCAGACCAACACGAGUGCUUCGCUACCUGCCGCGCCAACACGAUUGGGACCUGGCGGGCCCAGUGCGUCCACCUCGGCUGUGCCUUACGCUGAUCCAGAGCACGAACCACUGUCCCUCGGUCCACCAGAAGACCUUCGUCGAACUCAUGCAACGCUCAGCACGGGCAAUGCCGCCGCUCAGGCCUUUCGCGACCAGUCCAGAAUACACAAAGGCGACACGGUGCACGCAGAUCCGGCACGCAGGGACGGCGGACCGUCGUGUACAUGCAAACCAUCGCAAGGCGGUCUGCGCCGAGUAUUUCUAGGACCCCAUCUUGUCAAUACCAUGCUCGGUCACUCUGCCCAAGAAGUCAGGGAGGCGCGUCAGGAGCAGACCAGAUUCUGGCGCCGGACGAUCGAGCGUGGCAAGGAGGGCAAGAGACUCCGCUUGACCCGACGGUUGAAGCGUCACCUUGCGACGGGCAGCGAUGGGGCUGCCCGCGAGAAGCAGACAGCGGGCGAGGACAGCUGGAGUAGGUGGAAAGGCGGCAGUUUCGAGAUUGGCGCAGACAUACGCGCCGCCGCUGAACAAUUGCGGCAAGACAAGCUCAGGGACGAGGAAGACGCAGAACGCGAGCACACCAAUCAGGAUCAUCAGCAGAAGCAAGCUGCUUCUAACGCACAGAAGGAUUCCCAUAGUGAUGUCGAUCAUGAUUCCGAUCUUCUCGCAUUGCUACAUCCCGGUAAGACAGCUAACAGUACCGAUCGGACGUCAAUGCAGCCCAUCAGACCGCAGCCGGUCGCCCGUGCAACAAAUGCGACUGCGAGAACGGCUACGUCAUUCCAGACUGCCCGAACACAGCCCUACGAUGCAUCGUCGUUCAAUCCCAGUAUCACUGAUUUGCCUGCUACCGUGCGUCGCGCGCCUGCAUCGCAUUGCAAUCGACCACCGUUACGAAUCGACGAAGACAGACCCGAUAUGACGUUUGAGCUCUUUCGAACCAAGAGCGAUCUUGCGUCUUCGGCCGCAUCCCUUGCAAGCGUACAAGCACAUGAAGCUAGUACGGUGAAAGGGACUCAUCCCCAAUUGCACAUGCUCCGAAAGUCAAGAACUGUGAACUUUCUCCCGGGCGAAAUAGAGCCCACCUUGUCCGACUCGCCGCCUGCUGGCGAUGCACCGCCUGCUCGCGUCGAACACGUUCUUGGGCGUCCGGAUCGUCCCGGUGGUAUGGAACACCAAAUGCUUGCCUUCUCAGAGUCUGGGCUCAUCAGACGGAUUGAACACGGAUCGCAGGAGAUCAUCACGAGGACAAAGAUGCUCGUUAAGUCGGGCUGGUCUAUCAGGGAGGAUCUGCCUGAGGAUCUGAAUGAGCUUUCAAUUCGCAACUUUGCGGUCACUUUCAGACCUUGGGAAGAGCUUACUGUCGUCCGCAAGGCCAACGCGAUUGAGUGCUGGUCGCACUACAAGACACCUUUUCGCGAGCGUAUUGUCAAGCACAUGAAGCUGCGCCAUAUCAUCCCACUCAAGCCGGGGAAGACAAUGCUCAGUUUGUUCUCGGCCUCGGAUCGAAUUAUGUGCUUGACUUGUUCACCUCAGUCGAAGCACGAGCAUGCGCUCAGUUCUGGCAAAGCUCGCAAGACUGCUCGUUUGCACCGCUAUCACCUCGGCACGAACGUGUUUAUCCUACGCACACAGCAUAUGUCAGAGGCAGGCACUUUCUUUUUUCAGGUUUGGCAAGCGCUUGGCGGCGAGCUACCCCGUCAGCUCGAUGUUCACGUCCCGGUUCUGGAAGCGACGAUACGCAUCCCUGUUCCGAACAGCGUGCUUCAGGCUCGCCGACUCGGACUUGCCGACAUAACCCAACGUACCUUGACGCGAUCUGGAGAAAGUUAUCGUCUACUGACCUUGAAGCGCGUCAUCGACACAACCUUCGACAUGCUUGUCAAAGCACCGCAAUGGCGCGCCUUACACGCGCAGAUGGUCGACAAGGGUACCGCUUUCUCGCUUGCAUGGCACAGCGGCACAAUCUUAGAGUGGGUCGCCCGCGAUCCUAAAGCUCAAGGGAGUAGUCAAGGUCUAGAAGUCCUUGUGGGCAUACCGAUGGCAGAAACCACGCGGAAGCUGCAUCAACUCGAGCUUCGGGCGGAAUUACAUUAUCCUACCAGUGUCAGCAUGCCCGACCGCACGCUCAUGGCAGAACCGGCGAUGGUCGAGGGCUAUGUGACGAGAAUCAAAGCUGCUGGCACCGAAAGACUGUACAUCUCGACACAUCGGGGCUAUCUGUUCGCUAACAAGCCGAGUAAAGCGCAUCCGCCCGAUCCACCCUUUGAAGCGACCGUCGAUAACCCAGCCACGCUCGCUUUGGCACCUUUCUUGGCAGGCGCAGGAGGUGUCUUCGGCGCUCCAUAUUCAAUGGCUCCAGAGCGGCAGGCUCGCAAAGCACGGUGGUUUUCGGUACAUCGGUGGCUUCGUAUCAAAGCAGCGACGCAAAAUCUAGAAGGUGAAAAAGUGACUGGCAUGACUUCCUCGCCUGAAGAACUGCUCGAGAACUUUGGGCUAUCCGAGCAAAAGCGCUCAGCCGAGCAGAUACGUCGGGCCAAGGGUUACGUGGAUUUGCGCAAGCUCAAAGCAGUCAGACUGGCGACCGCUCAAGAUGCAACGAGCCGAGACGAUCGCGCUUCAACGACGAGCCAGUCGCCUUUGGUCAAAGACGAGGCAAUAGGGGAGCUUGCACCUGCAGAUCCAGACGUCUCGACGCGUACCUUUGAGAUCGUCACUGAGAAUGAUCGCGUUUUGCGUUUCCAGUGUUAUUCCCGCGCGACCGCCGAAGAAUGGGUGCAGCGGCUAUCUGCGCUGGUCGUUUAUUGGGCACGGCGACAACGUGUGGAUGCACUUGAGCAAAUGCCACGACCGGCGAAAAUUGAAGAGCAGCCUGUCUCAGCCUUGCCGGAACUGGACGAAAGUGCCUUGUCGGCUGCACGUUACAAUUGGUGCAUACUUCAAGGCUGCCGUGGUAUCACACUAUCCGGGCGUUUAUACCACAAAGCAGCGACAGGGCCCUUCAUCGAAAGGCACGUCUUCCUCGCCGCCGGUCAACUCGUCGAAUUUCAGCUCCGGCAGCGUGACUGGCAGGGUCAGCCUACACAGACCACGUAUCAUCGUCGCAAGAACGUCAUCGAUCUCCACGGCUGCUAUAUCGUCGUCGGCCGGCUUAAUGCCGAUCUAUACGACAGCAACAGCUCGAGUCGCGCUCAACAGAAAGCAGUCUCGCGAUACUAUGGACAAGACGGCCUGGUUUCAUACGCAGCAGACGAAGAUCUCGCGUUCGUGCUCUACUGGAAGGCCCUUGGAAGUAGUGCUGCACUCACACAGCUCACUUAUCAGGCACGAAGCAAGGCCGAACGCGAUCAAUGGGUGUUUGCCAUUGGCGCGGAAUUAGAGCGUCUCAGGGGUGUUAUCGCUUACUAA